GCAUAAAGCAGGGACCCAGCUCCCGCACCCAGGCCGCCCAGAGGCUGGACGCUGCGCGCGCAUCUCUGGGGACGCCUGCCCCUCGGGCUCCUCCGAUCGGACACAAUGAACCCUGCGUGCCCCCUCGGGCUGUGGCUUCUGCCUUUGCUCCUGAUGGGGACGGUGCUGGGCGCUGCGGCUCAGGUGCUGCCAGGAAACAACGCGGAGACCUGCCUCCUGGCCCCGGACGAAGGGCCCUGCCGAGCCCGCAUCCCCAGUUACUACUACGACAGGUACACGCAGAGCUGCCGCCAGUUCAUGUACGGGGGCUGCGAGGGCAACGCCAACAAUUUCGAAACCUGGGCAGCUUGUGAUGAAGCUUGCUGGAGGAUAGAGAAAGUCCCCAAAAUUUGCCGGUUGGAAGUCACUGAGGGGCAGUGUGAGGAGUCCAGAGAAGAGUAUUUCUUCAAUCUAAGUUCCAUGACAUGUGAAAAAUUCGUAUCUGGCAGGUGUCACAGCAAUGAAAACCGGUUCCCAGAUGAAGCUACUUGUAUGGGCUUCUGUGUGCCAAGGAGAAGUCCAUCAUUUUGCUACAGUCCAAAAGAUGAGGGACUAUGCUCUGCUAAUAUGACUCGCUAUUAUUUUAAUCCAAGACACAAAGCCUGUGAGGCCUUCACCUAUACUGGCUGUGGAGGGAAUAACAAUAACUUUGUUAACAUGAAGGCCUGCAAACAAGUUUGUAUAAAAGGGGAAACUAAACAGUGUAUGAGAGCAAAUCAUUCAUAGAAGACUCCCACCUAUAAUAUGCAUUAAAAUGUUAGAAGAUGCCCCUAAUGAAAGUAUGCAUAUAGGUAAUGAUUAUCUGUGGAUGCUGAAAGCAUGGCAUGAAAGGUUGAUAGAGGAAUUCGGCUAAAGUCUAUGAACACACGGAUGAUUUUAACAUGAGUAAAGGUGUGCCCAUAGACAUUAUUUGCCUCUUGAUAUGAGGCAGUAAGAAGUGCACACCGCAUCCCAUGAAGUAAUCCUACAGAAAGAAAAAGAAAAAUUGAACCUGAAGUAAGUCAAGCCUCUAGAUCUUACUAUUAUAUUGUCAGAUUAUAAGGCAAUAUUAGGGUAAAGGAGCAAGUUAGAAGAAACCAGGGAUAGUCAAUCAGCCAAACCAAUAAAGCUGGACACCCUACAGCACAAAUAUCCUAGUUUCUCCAACAAACCAAUGACAUUUUAAAAAGGAGGGGGAGGAGGAGGCAGUGCUUUUAUAGACAAAUGAGAUGAAACCUAACAGUAAAAAGCAGUGUCAUAAAAAGGGUUUGGGGUGAAUAAGGCCUGCAUUUAUAACUGGUUUUUGUGGUUUUUGAGAAUGAUAGCAGAACAAUCUUGCGUGCUCUGGAGUUGUGGAGUGAGUGACACAGAGUCUAUGGGAAUUCUGGGGCUUUCUAGUCCUACAAAAGGUCACUCUGGUAUUUGCUGCCUUUAACCCCGACCCCCUCCGCCCCAAAGCCCAAGCCCUAGGGGAUCCUUCAGCCUAGGUUUGGCCUACAGCUGGCUCUCUCUUUCAGUAUUAGUAGGAGGGGGUAGAUCCUUCUGAAACAAUUGUUCUAAUUCCCCAAACCUCUGCCAUUUUAUUUUAAUGAAGAAAUAAGUAAAGCUGUCGUAGGACAUUCUGCAGUUAAAGGAAAUUCCUUCUUGCCACAGUCAGCUUGAGGACAAGUCACUGCUGCGCUUUCACCAGACAGCCUGCUUAAAAAGAAUGUCUCAUUCUGUGACCCCAAAGGGCACAGAGGGAUGGGCUGGCUUUUAGUAACAGUCUUUUUCUGAAAAACAAAAAUAAAAACAAAAACUCUGGACUAUUACUCAUGCCUUCUCUAUGCAUACCCAUUAUCACAUGUUCAACCAUAGAAACUACAGUGGAGCCUCCUAGAGUGCCUGGAUCAAAGUACCUCAAAAUACACAUGCCAAAAAAUUGGAAAGUACAGAAUUGUAGCUUUAAAUUAUUCUCCAUUUAUUCUGUUAUAAACUUAGAGGUGAAGGUUUGCAAAGCAGGAAUCAGAAUCAUCAAAAUUAUUUUUCUUCUUCCUCUACCCACCUAUUCAAUUCAUCACCAAGUAUAUCUAUUGAAGUCUCUUUUAAUCCUCUUUACCUUGUUCCAGGAUGAUUAAAACAUUCUUCCAAGUUUCCCUCCUGCCUAUGUCAUCCACACUUAUGCCAUGGAAGUCUUUCUGGAAAAAAAAAAAAAGCAUUUUAUCAGGUUGCUCCUCUACUUAAAACUCUUCAUUGGUUUCCUAUUGAAUAUGCACAUUAUUGUUCAAGUUCCUAGUGUGUCAUUUAAGAUUUCUCACUUUUGGACCACGACAUUCCUCUCCAGAUUCACCUCCCCCAUUCCACUACCACUCAAAACCUACAAUUUAAUUGUACUAAAUAAUGUUCAGUUUCCAAAGCAUGUCAUACUGCUUUAUUUUUCUAUAAUGUGGUUGCAUAAUUUUGUGUAUAAGAACCAUCUGAGGAGCCAUGCACAGUGCAAGCUCCUAUGCCCCAUACCCAGGGGUUUUGACUUAGUGGGUUUGAGCUGGCACUCAAAGAUGUACAUUAUAUAUAAAAAACAAUGACUCUACAUGAUUAGGACAUACAGUUGCAUCAUACUUUGAGGAACACUGCCUUGAGGCCUUAGCAUAAGAUUUUUUGUUUUAUUUUCUUUGAAAGGAAUAUUCUUCCUCCUUACUAACUAAAUAGCAAGUUGAAUCUUCUUGGCAUAACAUUCCUAGACCUACCUUACUCAGGUUUAAUUAUUUGUCCUGUGGGCUUGGCUAUAAAUCCAGUACAACUUUCUAGUUGCACUAGUGCAGUAUUUAAUUAUUUUCCUAGGAAUUUUAUUGUUCAAGUUUUUCAUCACAAUUAAUAGGUUAUUUUCUCAUUUAAAAAUAUUAUAUGCACUGUGUAUUAUAUAGAAAAUAAAAUAAAAAUAGAAGGAUGAAAAUAAAAACAAUCCAGAAUUUCACCACCAAAUGAUUAACAACCACAUUUUUGUUUUAUUGAGCUGAAAUUAACUUGCUCAAGGGGUCUAAGCAUUUUAAGCUCUCAGUAUAUAGUAACAAAUUAUGUUAUGACGUUGUAUCAGUUUGAAUCUAAGAAUGUAUACAAAUGCCCAACACACUGGGUUUUAAAUAGAAAAAUAAAUCAUUUCUUUGUUAUAAUAAAAUGGUAUCUUAUUAUUUUAAUUGGUAUGUCCAGUAUUAUUACUAAAGUUGUGCUUUUAAAAUUUUAUGUAUUUUUCUCUCAUUGAAGCUUGACAAUUCCUUUUAAAUUCAGCUUAUAAUUUUUAACAGAAAAAUAGAGCUAGUAUUUAUAAUUUAAUUUUUAAUCAUGAAAUGUUUCAAACAUUCAGAAAGUUACAGAGAACAUAUAACUGGCCCAAUUUAAACAACACAACAGGAGUUUGCCAGAUCUGUUUCAGGUGCUUUUUUUAUUUUAGGAAAUGAAAUGUUCUAGACAGAAUUCUAGAUUCAAUAAGCCCUCCAUCCCCCCUUACUCUACUGAAAAGUAACUGCUCUCUUGAUGUUGGUGUAUAUGUCUUCUGUGUACAUUUUAAAGUUUGCAUUAUAAUAUGUUCACCAUAGCAAAACGUGAUGUGUUUUAAAAUUACUUAUACGGUGUCACACUGUGUGUAUCCAUUGUCAUUAUGCAUUUUUACCGUUAUGUUUUGGAUAUACCCUAUAAAUCCAUUUUGUUUCAGA